ACGAAGCAGCGGCGGCGGGCGAGCGCCUCAUCGAUCGACGCGUUGGAAUGCUAGAUCAUUCGAUCGCCAGGUAUAGGCGGCUAUAAAACCCUAGGCUGCCGGCGCGAGAUCUGGCGAGCAGGGUUCUCGACAUUCGGCGUUGUGAAUUGUGAGUAUCGCGGGUCGGAAUAAGCAGGGAUUCUCGCCAUGGCGGGGCUGAUCUACAGUUUUGUGUCGAGAGGCAAUGUGGUUCUGGCGGAGUUCACGGCAUUCUCUGGAAAUUUUAGCACCAUCGCUGUCCAGUGCCUCCAGAAGCUCCCCGCCAACAACAACAGAUUCACCUAUACUUGCGAUCGUCAUACUUUCAAUUACUUGAUUGAGGAGGGAUUCACUUAUAUGGUUGUAGCAGACGAGGACUAUGGGAGACAAGUACCUUUCGCGUUUCUUGAACGGGUUAAGGAAGACUUUAGGCGAAGAUAUGUUGGAGGAAGAGCGGAGACUGCCGUUGCUCACAGUUUGGACAGAGAAUUUGGGCCCAAGCUCAAAGAACACAUGGAAUACUGCGCAGAUCAUCCAGAAGAAAUGAACAAGAUUGCCAGAAUCAAACAGCAGGUUUCCGAAGUGAAAGGGAUCAUGAUGGAUAACAUUGAAAAGGUGCUCGAGAGGGGGGAGAAAAUCGAGCUUCUGGUUGAUAAGACGGAAAACCUACGGUUUCAGGCCGACAACUUCCAACGGCAAGGCAGGCAGCUAAGGCGCAAGAUGUGGCUGCAGAAUAUGAAAAUGAAGCUCAUAGUUCUUGCGAUUGUCCUUUUCGUCAUCGUAGUCAUAUGGCUUGCAAUAUGCCAUGGGUUCAGCUGUAAGUAGGUGAAACUUGGUCAAUCACAGGUUUGGCUGGUAGUA